AUGUCGUCCAAGCACUUCUUCUCGGACCCAACUCACCUUGUCCUAUCUGCCCUCCGCUCCCUCACUCUCACCAACCCAUCUCUAGCCUUUGAUGAAGAGCAAAAGGUCAUCUUUCGCCGCCCCGAAACCACAAACAGGUCAAAUGUUGCUGUGAUCAGCGGUGGAGGCUCUGGCCACGAGCCUGCCUUUGCCGGCUAUGUAGGCAAGGGCUUCCUGACUGCUUCCGUCGCAGGAACGAUCUUUGCCUCUCCUUCUGCCGAGCAAAUCAGCCGAGCCGCCAUCGACUGCGUCGACACAGACAAGGGCGUUCUCAUUAUUCCAAUGAACUACACUGGAGACGUCCUUCACUUCGGUAUGGCCGUCGAAAAGACUAAGGCAGCCGGCCGGAAGGCUGAGUUCUUUGCUAUCGGCGAUGAUGUCGGCGUCGGGCGCUCCAAGGGUGGUAAGGUUGGUCGACGUGGUCUUGCUGGAGGUAUUCUAGUUCUAAAGAUCGCUAGUGCGUUGGCAGAAACUGGAGCAUCGUUGGAGGAUGUCCACCGCAUUGCACAGUUUACAAAUGCCAACACCGUCACUCUAGGCUCCUCUCUUGAACACGUACAUGUCCCUGGUCGCGACGUGUCGUCCGAGUUUGUGCCCGAUGACGAGGUUGAAGUGGGUAUGGGAAUUCACAAUGAGCCUGGCUCGCACCGUAUGAAGUCGUUCAGCUUGCCCUCACUCGUCAAGACAAUGCUUCUUCAACUUCUGGACCACAAUGACCCAGACCGUGCCUGGUUGAUACGUGAGCCUGGUGAUAAGUUUGUUCUGUUGAUCAAUAAUCUGGGUAGUGUCAGCACCCUUGAAUUGUCCGGUAUCACCGCCGAGGUUUCCUUGCAGCUUGCCAGAGAUUACGAUAUCAGGCCUGUCAGGACAUUGCAAGGCACAUAUCUAACGAGUCUAAACGGUCUUGGUUUCAGCAUUUCGCUUCUGCGGCUUGCUGAUACCGGACUGGGUCCUGGCAAAUCCUUACUGGAACUUCUCGAUACACCCACCGAAGCAGUUGGCUGGGCUGCUCCGAUCCAUAAGUCGACUUGGGAGAAGCAUGCUUCAGAUGGACCGGUGGAACUGAAGAAAGCUGAUUUGGCUCAUGACCUGCCUAGUAAUUUGAAAGUCGACCCUGCUAUCCUCAAAAAGAGCUUAUCAGCCGGUCUUAGGCGUCUCAUCGAUGCAGAACCAAAGAUCACUAAAUAUGAUACCAUUGUCGGCGACGGUGACUGCGGUGUUGGCUUGAAACGCGGUGCCGAGGCUGUCCUCAAAGUCGUCGAGGGUAAUGAUAUCAAUGACGAUGUGGCUAUCACAGCGCAUAAGAUUGUCGGCGCCGUUGAAGCCACCAUGGACGGCACCUCGGGCGCUAUCUACGCCAUCUUCCUAAACGCUCUCGUCCACGGUCUCCGCGCACAAGACACCGCUGGGUCGCCCAUACCCGUGGAUGCAAAAAUUUGGGGCCAAGCUUUGAAAUCAGCUGUAACUGCAUUGGCCAAAUACACGCCCGCACAAGUUGGUGACCGCACAUUGGUCGAUGCUCUCGUCCCAUUCUGUGACACCCUUUCCAAGACUGCCGAUGUCCACGCUGCCGCAAAGGCUGCUCAAGAAGGCACCGAGGCUACAAAGCACCUCAAGGCUAGCCUUGGUCGUACUGUGUAUGUCGGAAGCGAAGAAGAGUGGUUGGGCAAGGUUCCCGACCCAGGUGCCUAUGGCUUGUCUGAGUUCCUGAGCGGGCUUGCGGACAGCUUGUAA